AACUAAUUUUGUCCUGUGCGCUGCCCGUCACGCCCACACGGUCAGCAGUCUACAAAGUGAAAGUGAAAGUGAAAGUGAAAGUGAAAGUGAAACACAACUGUUUUUAGGAUUUGAGUGGACUGCAGUGUGCAAAUUAUCACUAGAACGAUUGUAAACACGGUGUAUGAGAGUAAAUACUAUGUAGUAAGCAAACCGUGAAACCAGAACCAACGAGAAUGGCGGGGCCAAAAAAGUCAUAAAUUGCAGCUGCACAACCACGUACACAUCGUAUGGGCUGAACACGGCACAAUCGCAAUUGGAACCCUUCUAUGGUUUUGUGCAUGUAUUCGACGAAAUCCCGCUCCAGAUCUAGAAGGACGUGUCAAUACUGAGCGACAAUACCGAUUAAUCAAUGACAUUAAGAUCGCCACCUCAUCACAACUUGAGGUAUAAGUACAAUGCUACGCCACAUUUUUCCUCCAAUCUGCUCGUUAACCGUUCCACGUCACAGAAUGACGAUAUCCACAUUCACUCUCAACGACGGCAACCAAGUCCCCUGGAUCGCAUUUGGCACUGGCACGGCGAUCUUCCAGCAAGAUGCCAAGGACACUGUCGAAUCCGCCAUUGCGAACGGUUUCACACACUUGGAGUGUGCCCAGUUGUACGAGAAUGAAGACAGCCUAGGCACUAUCGUUAAGACUUCCGGGGUGCUGCGCUCUUUACACGGUAUUAUCACGUCUUCAUAUGGUGGACUAUCACCCCUCUUCCACGCACCAGGAAGACCGCUGGAUCCUGUAAUCAAGAAAAUUCGGACACGCCUCGAGUCCACGCGGAGAAAGCUAGUGGCAAGCAGCCAGGUGCUCAACAAGCGGUUGCAGCAGAACGAUAUGUUGUCACGCAAGUUUCGCUUCGUUUCGUUCGUUGGUGCGCUGCGUUGUGGAAGGACUCACGGGUAUCGAUCAGCACUUCGACCAAGGUGGAGAGGGUGAGAGAGUAUCUUGAUACAGGCAACGUUCCGGGUUUGAUAUCUGAGGAGAUGGGGAUGAUUGAGAGUGCUGGAGCAGAGUGCCACCAGCCGUUCCCUGAGGCCUCGAUUACUUGGAGGGGUUGAAGACAGAUGAAUGUUUCGAUGUAAUUCACUGCAAUUGAUAGUUGACACUGCUGCUGCGUCAAAAUUCAGGGAAGGGAGAACCUGCGAAAAUGAACGGAAUUGGAUUAAUGGAUCCAGACUUGAACUGUUUGCAUACCGGGCGGUAGCGUGCACGUAUCUACGCAUGUACGCUAUUGUGACGACUCAGUGCAAAUUCGUUGACAGUGGACCCAUCGCUGGCGUUACA